AUGCGUUGCAAGAAGAGAGAUCAAGCAAGAAAAACUUUUGGAAACGACUUGAAAUUGAUAGCCCAAGUUGAUAGCGAAAAAUGCUCAGAUAUCGAUGAGUGUGCUUCUAAUCCUUGUCAAAAUGGAGGAUCAUGUCAAGACCGAGUCAACUCAUACAACUGUACAUGUGCUGCAGGAUUUACUGGGGUCAACUGUCAGACAGAUAUCGAUGAGUGUGCUUUUAAUCCUUGUCAAAAUGGAGGAUCAUGUCAAGACCGAGUCAACUCAUACAGCUGUACAUGUGCUUCAGGGUUUGCGGGAGAGAAAUGCGAGCUAGCUAUAGAAUGGCUUAAAGUUGGCAGUGAAGUGUGCAUUGGAUCAAAAAAUGAUAUGUUCGGAAGGUUUAUUAUUCCAGUUGCCUGCCAUGUCUUAAAUUUCAAACUUGUUUAUGUGUCUGGAGGUGGAAUAUCGUGGUCAACUGGAAUCCCUAAAGCCUACUGGGGAACUAUCAAAAACAACAACAAAGAUCUUAAUUUACAUAUUACAGAUGUUAAGAACAAUAGAAUCAGUCCACCACCUGACUUCCCACUGAGGAGUGCAUCCAAUUACAUGACAUACCAGUUGCCAGGUGUGACCAACAUGGACCCAGAACUUACAUUCCCUGAGUUGUCACCUCCCCUAGCAGUGACAGCAGGCAAGGAGUUCAGGAUAUGGGUGGAUCAAGAUCUGAUAAACAUAUAUGAAAGAAACAACGAGGGACAAACGUAUAUCGAUGAUUGUACUUCUAAUCCUUGUCAAAAUGGAGGAUCAUGUCAAGACCGAGUCAACUCAUACAACUGUACAUGUGCUGCAGGGUUUGUAGGAGAGCACUGCGAGCGAGCUAUAGAAUGGCUUAAAGCUGGUAGCGCAGUGUGUAUUGGUGGGAAAAACAAUCAGUCCGGAAAUUUUACUAUCCCGGUUGCUUGCCAUGUCUUGAACUUCAAACUUGUUAAUGUGUCUGGAGGUGGAUUAUCGUGGAAACCUGGAGACACCAAAGCCUACUGGGGAACUACCAUUAGACACAACAAUAAAGAUCUUAAUUUACACAUCACUGAUGCCGACAACAAUAGAAUCAGUCCGCCACCUGACUUCCCACUGACUUACGUUCGGUUCGGUUUCCUGAUAUACCAGUUACCAGGUGUGACCAACAUGGACCCAGAACUUACAUUCCCUGAGUUGUCACCUCCCCUAGCAGUGACAGCAGGCAAGGAGUUUAGGAUAUGGGUGGAUGAAGAUCUGAAAAACAUUUAUGAAGAAGACAACGAGGGACAAACUUGUGCUGAUGUUUGGAUUAGGAAAUACUAAGUAUCUUGUAAAGUAUGUUGAGAUAAAUCAAGAGAAAGCAAACAACACCAACAAAAGCAAUAAGAACACGACAAAUAGAAUUCAGAAAAUUCCCAUUAUUUGCAAGCAAUAUAUCACCAUAUACCCCGCUAAUACACAUAAUUCUCAACACAAUAUUUAAGCGUAUAACUAGUAUAUAUAUUUAGUAACAUUCACAUUCACUUCAAUUUGGUUCACAACAUUGAUUUUAAUACAUGCUGAAGUUCUUGCCAAGAGGAGCGUUCUUCACUGAAUUUCCCAUCUUAUAUUUUAACCAUAUAUUUAUUCUAUCACCACUCAAUUACU